AGUCAGAGGGAUGUUGAUUUUGUCAGACAUUUGAACACAAGAAACCGAGUGGAUCAUACACUCACACACACACACUCUCACCAGCGUGGAGUAUCAGCGCUCGGAGCAGGACGGACAGAGGGGGAGAACUGCACCUGUCCUACACACACACUCUAUCCUCAGAAACACAUACACAGAGGAUCUGACGGUCGUCCCUAUGUGUGGAUGGGACCAAAGUUACACGGCGACCUCUCAAAGCUCGGCCAUGUUGACCAGUGAGGGGGCGCACACCAUGGAGCAGGACGACAUGCACCACGAAGCCAAGAUGGCCUCCAUCGCCUCCACCGCCAGCUCAGACGGAGCCGAGACGAUGGCAGACACAGACAUCGACAUAGAGAUGGACGUGGAGGAGGCAGACAUGACCAGAUGGACAGAGGCAGAGUUCGAGGAGAAGUGCACAUACAUCGUCAAAGACACGCCGUGGGAGGCGGGGCCAGACAGUGACGCCAUGAUGACAUCAACAACCAGAGCUAAGGCGUCGCUGCCCCGAAACCUGGUCUUCAAACACUCAGCUGACAGCAAGGAGGUGGUCGGCGUGUGCAGCAGGGAGUACAUCCCCAAAGGAACUUGCUUCGGUCCCCUGGUUGGGGAGAUCUACACAGCUGACAGCGUCCCCAAAGACGCCAACCGCAAGUACUUCUGGAGGAUCUACGUGGACAGGGAGUUCCAUCACUUCGUCGACGGCCUGGAUGAGACUCGCUCUAACUGGAUGCGGUACGUGAACCCGGCCCACUCGGCAGCAGAGCAGAACUUAGCAGCGUGUCAAAAUGGCAUGGAGAUUUACUUCUACACAGUAAAGCCAGUUCUGGCCGGUGCUGAGCUGCUCGUCUGGUACUGCCACGACUUCGCCCGACGCCUCCACUACCCGCCAUCCGGAGAGCUGAUGAUGCAGAAACUCAAGCAGUCUCUCUUGGAGGUCAAGCAGCAGCAGGUGAGCAGUGAGGAGCGUUUGGUCGAAGCCUCUAGCCUGUCCCCCAUCGCAGUGACCCCAACCCUGCCCAAGAGGGAACACAGUGUCCUCUCUAUUCUGCGUGGCACCAACAGCACCUCCUCCUCCUCGACCAUGAAGAGGGAGCCCAGUCGGCCACUUCCCACCCGCCUGCACUGUGCCGACAGCCCUGAGCGCCCCCUGUACCCUCGCGCCCUCUACCCGACUCUCAGGCCCCACCCUCACAUCCCUGAAGACUUCCUUAGCCAUAAACCUGUCCAGCUUGGUUACCCUGUAACUCAUUCCCCUGGCAACCAGUCUUCAGCCACACCCAGCCCAUCGGCGAGGAGCAGCCCAGACAGCAGCCCUCAGGGGAGCCCCUCGGGUCUGGCGCCAUCCCCAGCUUCUUUCUACUCCACCGGACUGGGUUCCUACCCUAGUUACUCCCCACCAUCUGCCCCCCUCUCCUCAUCCUUCUACCCUCCAGGGGCCCCCUACUCGCGCUAUCUCCUGCCCCAUCACUACCCUCUGCCUGGUGGUGGUGUCCCAACCGUAGGAGGAAUCUUUCCCAGAAUGUACCCCCUCUACAGCAGCCUCCUGCCCCCUCACGUGCCUCUCCUGCCCUCCGACACAGCAGGGAGGCGCUUCCUGAUGCCUGACCCCGUCCAUCCCUCGUCCAUCUCUGCCCACAGAGACUUCCUCCUUCCCGGGCCUACCAGUGCCUUCUCAGCUGCCACCUCUCUGAAGGACAAAGCAGGACCUCACCACCCUUACUCCGGGUACCCUCACCCACACAGACCUGCCCACGCCCCCUCCAGCGGCUCCCCAACAGCAGGCACAGCACCUUCCAGUGAGCGGGUGCCCACCAAGCCUACCUCAGCCCUCUUGGGCAAUGCCAGUGAGCAUGAUGAUGAGGAGGCCAUCAACCUGACCAAGGUGAAGCGUGGUGUGGGCUCAGCGGGCUACAAGGCGCUGCCAUACCCGCUGAAGAAACACAAUGGCAAAAUCAAGUACGAGUGCAACGUGUGCAGCAAGACGUUUGGACAGCUGUCGAACCUGAAGGUUCAUCUUCGUGUUCACAGUGGAGAGAGACCUUUCAAAUGUCAGACCUGUAACAAAGGCUUCACACAGCUGGCUCACCUCCAGAAGCACUUCCUGGUCCACACUGGGGAGAAGCCACAUGAAUGCCAGGUUUGUCACAAGCGCUUCAGCAGCACCAGCAACCUGAAAACUCACCUGCGCCUCCACUCAGGGGAGAAGCCCUACCACUGCAAACUCUGCCCAGCCAAGUUCACCCAGUUUGUCCACCUCAAGCUGCACAAGCGUCUGCACUCCCGCGAGCGUCCACACAAAUGCCCCCACUGCCAACGCCACUACAUCCACCUGUGCAGCCUGCGGCUUCACCUGAAGGGCUACUGCCUGGCAGCUGUCUCUGGCCCUGGCAGCCCAGCUGUCUCCAGUCAGGCUGCCAUGGAGGAGGUGCAGCGCGCCAACGAGGAGAUUGAGCGCUUUGAUGUCAGUGAGCAUGCUGAGCGGCUGGAGCAGCUUCAGGGAGGGGUGGAGGUGGAGGCCAUGUUGGAGAAGCAAGUCUUGGGGAUGCUGUGGAGGGAGACCGACAUUAAGUCCUCCCACUUACAUCCCCACCACAAGGGCGGCACCACAGAGCUUCUGUCUGCGGGUUAUGGUGCAUACGUUUCCCCGAAUGAGACGUCAGUCAUCAAGAUGCGGCGCAGCAGCCCCAUCCUACCGCUUCCUGCCAACCUCACCAUCAAGCAGGAGUCAGAGGAUCACGCUUAAGUGACCUUUAAACCCAAGGGACAUAGAGUCAAGACUGCACGACUCAAGGCGGACUGGUUGCCAGGAGCAACAGCUGUAAAUAAUUAAUUCUCUACCUGGUUGUCAUCAUGAUUACAGCAGGUUUUUUAACCUAUCAGGGACUCGCGUACUCAGGGCUCAAGAGACACUGUCCCAUGACUACUUAGCAGUUUCAGCAUUUAUUAUACUUAGAGACAAUCUUCUACCCAGGAUUUACCUUUAAUGUAAUUAAUAUAAUGCUAUUAUCAUUAUUGUUGUUGUAUUAUUUGGUCUCCAUUUUCAAAUGUCUGUUUUUUGAUCAAUUAGUUGUUAUAUAACCUCCUUAAUUUAUUAUAAUUUUUAUUUGUUGUCUUCAAAAGCAAUAAGUGGAAGGGAUGGUUACACUGACGGGGUGAAAUCAAUAUAAAAGGCUAUUUUUCUGUUGAUGGUUUUUUUUCUUCUCUCUGUGGCCAUUUCUCUGUAGAUAGUCACUCUCUCUAUGCCUAUAUCUGUCCCAGACCUCUGACUUAUAGAAUCAGUGGUGUCCACUCUUCAGGGUUUUAUCUAUUUAAAUUUAGAAACCAAUAUAGCAGGUGAAAAAGGGGUUGAAGAACUUGCCAAAGUACGGCACAUAAAUUUGUUAAUUUAGCAAGAAGAGCUUUAUUUCAGCCCUGCUUGAUAGCUUCCCUAAGGUAUGUCUGUGUCCUUUUCUGAUGCCUACUUAAUUUAAAUGAAACAAAAAAGGGCAUUUUUUUGUAUAUUUUUCACAACAGUUACCUCAGUGUGCAUGUGACCAUAUGAGUAUGUGUGUUUGUGUGUGUGUUUAAAGGGACAGCUAGAGGUGGGAGCUUUCUAUUUAUUUGCGUUCUGCUACUUGAAGAAGAAUAAGAAGAAGAAGAAACCAAACUGAACUAGAGUGCAGCUCUUCAUGUGGUCCAAAGGAGCGGCACGGCCCGCUCAACAUGUAGCACAUAAUGGACUUGGGAGGCUGGCUAGUCGACCCCUCGUCCCUCCUUUUGUUUUAUUUUUCUACAACACUGUCAACACCCAACAGGGAAGUGAACAUCCUCAGAUUUAGGGAUUCACACUUGAUGCUAGAAACCAAAGUUCACUUGGCUUUAAUUUCAAACACACACCAAAAAAGAGGAAAGUCAAAACAAGGGAAGAAGGACUCAAGGAAUCAAAAUGCUGAAGAAAGGAAGAUAUACUGUGUGUAUAUAAUGAAGUGUUCGCUCUUUAGCUGUGUUCUCUCAUUUUUUGAUGUUUUGUUGUUGUUCUUGUUGUUUGUUAAUAUUUCGGUUGAGAAGCAAUGGCCCCUUCUUCAACCCCACCCGUCCGCCAUCUUGUUAAUGAACUGGCAUACACCAAAGCACCUCGGCCUUCUUUUAUGCACUGGCCCCCUCCUCCUACUUUAUAACUUCAGUGCCGAUGCUUGCACCAUUUACACUGUGUACAAUAUCACUGAAACUGGUCAUAAUGAUAUUAAGAAUCAACUUAAUGUCACUAAAGCAACUGUGAUUUUCUGCAGCAGUUGUACAUCAACACCUUGAACUCUAUACAGUAUCUCUCUCUCCUCUGUUUCAUUAUCUUUCUCUCUAACUAAUAUUCGACCAAAGCGUCUCUUUCUCUGAUCAGAGCUUUAACUCCAGAGGAAAAUCCCCGAAAGGACUGUCUCUGUUUACAUUCUGGUUUACAUAGUUAUUUAUGUGCAAAAAUGUCAAAAAGUGUAAAUUAUGAUAAAAAUGUUCACUGCUCUAAUCUAAA